GCCGCCGCCGCCGCCGCCAUGUCGGCGCAGGCCCAGAUGCGCGCCAUGCUGGACCAGCUGAUGGGCACCUCCCGGGACGGAGAUACCACUCGCCAGCGAAUCAAAUUCAGUGAUGACAGAGUAUGCAAGAGCCAUCUUCUCAACUGUUGUCCUCAUGAUGUUCUUUCUGGAACUAGAAUGGAUCUUGGCGAAUGUCUGAAAGUCCAUGACCUGGCUUUAAGAGCAGAUUAUGAAAUUGCAUCCAAAGAACAGGAUUUUUUCUUUGAGCUGGAUGCCAUGGAUCAUCUGCAGUCCUUUAUUGCAGAUUGUGAUCGAAGAACAGAAGUGGCUAAGAAAAGAUUAGCAGAAACCCAGGAAGAGAUCAGUGCUGAAGUAGCUGCAAAGGCAGAACGUGUUCAUGAGUUAAAUGAAGAAAUUGGUAAAUUGUUAGCUAAGGUGGAACAACUCGGAGCAGAAGGAAAUGUAGAAGAAUCCCAGAAAGUAAUGGAUGAAGUAGAGAAAGCACGGGCAAAGAAAAGAGAAGCAGAGGAGGUUUAUCGGAAUUCCAUGCCAGCUUCCAGCUUCCAGCAGCAGAAACUCCGAGUCUGUGAAGUCUGCUCUGCCUAUUUGGGUCUCCAUGAUAAUGACAGACGACUGGCUGAUCAUUUUGGGGGUAAACUGCACCUGGGAUUUAUUGAGAUCAGAGAGAAGCUUGAAGAAUUAAAGAGAGUUGUAGCUGAGAAGCAGGAGAAGAGAAACCAAGAACGCCUGAAACGAAGAGAAGAAAGGGAGAGAGAAGAACGGGAGAAGCUGAGGAGGUCCCGAUCACACAGCAAGAAUCCUAAAAGAUCCAGGUCCAGAGAGCAUCGCAGGCAUCGGUCUCGCUCCAUGUCACGAGAACGCAAGAGGAGGACUCGCUCCAAGUCUCGGGAGAAGCGCCAUCGCCACCGGUCCCGUUCCAGCAGCCGUAGCCGCAGCCGCAGCCACCAGAGAAGUCGGCACAGUUCUAGAGAUAGGAGCAGAGAACGAUCUAAGAGGAGAUCCUCAAAAGAAAGAUUCAGAGACCAAGACUUAGCAUCCCGUGACAGAGACAGAUCACCUCGUGACAGAGAUGGAAAGGGUAAGAAGAGGCCCUGUGAGAGUGCCAAUGGCAGAGCAGACGACAGGAGCAGCUCUGGAGAGCUCGAAGCAGGGGAGCUCUGAUUCGCUGUGCUUAGGGUCGCACAGGGCACAGAGCCAGGCACCCAUCCAGCUAGGCUAGAGACGGAGCCUAAAACUACAUCCAUAGUUUCUGGUGACCCCGUGAUACAAUUCUAAAAGUAUUUUUUUUUAUAAGACAUUGCUCUCUCUUCUUUCAAGUAGAAGUGCUAGUGAAUGAAUUGUUUACUUGCCUUGGGGAUCUUUGAACACUUGUAAUAUGCUGUCUUCCUUUCUAGUCCAAACAGCAGCAGCUUUGGGAAUUCUUUGAUUUUUCUUCCUCUGACUUUUGUAUUCCCCUAACACCUCCACCCUCCACCUAUAGACGAAAGAGGGGCGGAAAGCCAUGCAGCUUCUGUCGUAAGGUUCUAGUCCCAUCAUUAGUUCCUAGCAUCUGUACUGGAAUGUGUGCUGGAGAAAUUUCAAAUACUGGGUUGGUUUGUUUAAUGGUGCCUAUUUAGAGUUGAAAGUUGAACAGCUGUUGCAUUACAUACUUUUGCUUUUUUAUUGAAAAUUUGAAAUCAAACUUGUCUUGAUUUUUCUGUUCUAUUGAAUUGCUAUGUUCAGGAUGUUCUGAGGGGGGUGGGGGCAGGGGCUAUUUCUUAAUAAGCACUUCUUGUUUUGUUUGUGUGGAGUAUAAAGGCUAUACCCUAUUGUAAAAAAAAAUAAUAAAAUGAAAUCAAACAAUCACCACCACCA